GAUUAGUCAUUCACUGCCAGCACAGCCGUGACAGCUGUUUGACCAGGAUCGAACCACCGGUAUUCUGGACAAUCCGCUCUAUCUCCUGAGACACAGCUACCCAUCUGCCUGCGUUUCUUAGGACCUGUAUAAACCUGUUAUUAACACGUACGUCACAAGCGAAAAAGAGGUUUUUGUAUGCUGAUCCCAGUUCAGCUUGUUCAACCUUCUCUAAUCCUCUGAACCUCAGCUGUCCUCCGACAGUCACAUUCAACUUCUUCAUCUUCAUCAUCUUCGUCUUCCUUGCGAGCAGACAUGCCCUCUGCGGUUGGUGGUCCUGUGGGGUACACCCCCCCUGAAGGUGGCUGGGGCUGGGCGGUGGUGGUGGGAGCCUUCAUCUCCAUUGGCUUUUCCUAUGCCUUCCCCAAAUCCAUCACAGUGUUCUUCAAAGAGAUAGAGGUCAUCUUCGAUGCCACACCAAGUCAGGUGUCCUGGAUCUCGUCCAUCAUGCUGGCUGUCAUGUAUGGUGGAGGGCCAAUCAGCAGCAUCCUUGUGAACAAAUUUGGCAGUCGACCAAUCAUGAUAGCCGGUGGUUGUCUGUCAGGGUCAGGACUGGUCGCAGCCUCUUUCUGCAACACUGUGGAGCAGCUUUACUUCUUCAUAGGAGUAGUGGGAGGUUUGGGACUGGCCUUCAACUUGAAUCCAGCCCUCACUAUGAUUGGAAAAUACUUUUACAAGCGCCGGCCUAUCGCCAACGGCAUUGCUAUGGCAGGCAGCCCAGUGUUUCUGUCCACCCUGGCUCCUCUCAACACCUGGCUCUAUGAUGAGUUUGGGUGGAGAGGCAGCUUCCUGAUCCUGGGCGGACUUCUGCUCAACUGUUGUGUGGCCGGCUCCCUUAUGCGCCCCCUUGGACCCAAACCUCAGCCCGCAAAGCUCGACUCAGGAGCAUCGGAUUCAAUAGAGCCACAGCAGAAGAAGACAGUCCUGCAAACCAUCAACUCCUUCAUUGACCUGACGCUGUUUAAACACCGCGGCUUCCUAUUGUACCUGAUGGGAAACGUUGUUAUGUUCUUCGGUCUCUUUGCUCCGCUCGUCUUCCUCUCUAAUUACGCCAAGAGUAAAAACAUCAGCAAAGAAAAGGCUGCCAUUCUUCUGUCAGUGCUGGCCUUUGUAGACAUGAUUGCCCGACCCUCCAUGGGCCUGUUGGCUAACACCAGGUGGAUCCGGCCGAGGGUGCAGUAUUUCUUUGCAGGUGCCGUCCUUUACAACGGUGUUUGUCACGUUAUGGCGCCGCUGUCGGUGGACUACACUGGAUUUGUGGUGUAUGCCAUCUUCUUUGGUUUUGCGUUUGGCUGGCUGAGUUCAGUGUUGUUUGAGACACUGAUGGACCUGGUGGGGGCUCAGAGGUUUUCUUCAGCUGUGGGUCUUGUCACUAUAGUGGAGUGUGCACCGGUGCUGCUCGGCCCGCCACUCACAGGUACUUUCUAUAACUACUAUCAACACUAUGACUACACCUACAUAACCUGUGGCAUCAUCCUCAUGAUCGCCAGCGUGUUCCUCUUUGUGGGAAUGGGCAUCAAUUACCGCCUGGUGGAGCGAGAGAAGAAAGAGGAGGAGAGGCAAGAACGAGAGGAGCCCAAAGAGGAGCGCGCUGCCAUGCUGGCCCCUCCCUCUCCAUCCAAAUCAGAUGAGGAAGCAAGUGAGGAAAACCGCGUGCCAACCGCCAUCGAAAUGGAGGAAGUGGCCAAAAUGGAUGAGGACACAGUGUAAAAAAAGAAAAAAACAGACUUGUGAGGGACGCAUACACGGCUUUGCACACUUCACAAAAACACAUACAAUAGUUGCAGUUACUCAGAACAACCACACACUGUCUUUAUAUAGUGAAAAUAUACACCAGCCUGAAGCCAUAGAAACACUUAAACGAUUAAAACCUGAGACCUGCUGCUGCGAUGUGAAGCUUAAAGCUGGCACGCAUCAUUUCACUGCGUUGAUACCGUUAGUUUUGGUAUCAAACGUGCCUUCAGUAAACUAAGUCCUCCAGGAGCCAUGUUAACACUAGUUAGAACAUAACCCAGUAAACUAAUGAGGACUUUACUCUCAGGGUGUUCUCACAAGUCACUGGACCUCCACUUUGCCAACAGUUUUAAAGUAUGAUCAGAUACUGUACACGAACUCUGUAACUCUGCACACACGUGUUGUCAAUGGUUGGGCAUAAAUUAAAAGGAAACAGUUAUAGUUUAUGCAGUGAGUCUGAGACCACAUAUGUAAUCAAGGGACUACUGGGUUCUGCUCACAUGUCAGAGGGUGACAUCUCCAGGUUUUUAAAGAAAAACUUCAAGAAGUUCAAUAUUUCAUUGUAGGAACAGCAGCGAUAAUUUUAACCUUUAGUCAAGAAUAUGAUGCAGAAAAACUGUGAAACAUUUAAAAAUAGAAAGAUGUAGUAAAAGUGAGAAAGUUUAAAACUUGUGGAGCGAGGAUCACCUGUGUGUGUGUGUGUGUGUGUGUGUGUGUGUGUGUGUGUGCGUGUGCGUGCGUGCGUGCGUGCGUGCGUGCGUGCGCACAGUUUUAACUGAAGCCUGGUUUCAUUAUUUCCGAAACUGCAUUUUCAGCACAUUAAUAUCUAAACUGUGCAUCAUAUAUCAUAUCAGAAACUUGUUACUUAAAAGUGUAUCACAGUAUAGUCAGUGGUUAUUGAUUAGUGAUCAGUUUUAUUAAACAGUGUGAACAAGGAAUUAGAUUCGAGGAACCAGCCAGAACAAACAGGUUACAAGUUAAUAAACUAUAGAAUGAAAUUUGUAAUUGUUUAAAAGGAAGCAUCAUCAACACAUUUAUUGAAAAGACCAAACGUUAACUGAUCCUGCUAACCAGUAGGGCUCUGCAACUGAUAAUCAUUUUCGUCUAUAAAUCUCAUUAAUGACAGAAAUGACCAGGAAAGAUUUUCUGUCAUGGUAUAAAAUUACGACAUUGAAAAGGGUGUUCAGUACAUUCACACUGUAUUAUACCUUAGUUUGUUUUGAAAGCUUUUAUAAUAAUGUAUUAUUUUUCAAACCAAUGACUUACAGAAUGUAAGUUGUUGUGCUAAAUGUCUGUUUUUUGGUAAAGAUGGAGAUUUGUUUAUUUCUGCUUCUACCAGCGCCUGAACUACAAUGCCGGAUUUGCGCAUUUCGGGGUAACUUCAGGAUGAAAUUGGGGUUUCCGGUCCUAUGAAUUUUUUUUCCCAAAUGUCUCCAGGGGGCGCCAUAACUUAUACAUUGACACAAUCACAGAUGUUUUACCAGCUGUUCUUCCUGCAUUUAGCAGCUGCACCUGUUUCUUUUAUUCUGGAUCAUGUGUUUGUUCUCCUCUGACUUUUAUUAUACAACAGUUUGAUCCUCGUGAAAUAUGAGGCUCUGCUGUCAGUCAAACUGUCCCAGUCUGUGGUUGGUCAUACGCAGUAGACCCCGCCCCUUUUGUGUGCACUCGCAUAAGUUAACUUAACGAGUUGAUAACCAGCGUCAUUUGACCACUUAGCCUGACUGUGAUUGUUAGGUUAAGUUCAGCUGGAUUUCAGAAAGAUAUCCUGGAUAUGUUGAACUUCGUAGUACAGAACUCUGAAGUUUUCACUCGUCUCUUUACUAGAAUCUGAAAUAGAUGAUGGACACGUCAAUUUUACAGUAGAAAUAAGAAAAGAACUCAAAUGUGCUUAGUCUGACACAUAUCACAUGACAGGUAUAUUUGAAUUUAACCACAUUCAAAAUUAACAAAAACAUUCCAUUAUUUUAUCGUUGAGACGUGUGACUGAAUAAAAUAGUGAAGGACCACAACAAAAACAUUUAAUUAAAUGAAAACUUAGUAUUUCUAGUGCAGGGGCUUUGAAAUCGGUACUGUACUUAGUCGCAGCACCUUUUUGUGUUAAAUAAGAACAAAUCGUUAUCACGUUUCUAGAAAAUAAUACUUGCAUUAAAUGUUUUUAUCUUUGUAUGUGUGAUAACAUGGCUGAUGAAUGAAAGAAUAAACUGUUUUUAAAACAAAA